AUGCUGAGACCCAUUAGCGAACAGCCUGAGGAAACUCCUCAGCCAGCCCCCCGGCGAAUCUUCCAGGAGAGGCAGAGGCUCACCAGUCUGCCUUUGUACUUCCAAGGUUACCUGUCUGUCCGGCACUCAAGAUGCCAGGAAUUUAGAGUGUAUUGGACAGAACUCAGAGGAACUACGCUCUUCUUUUAUGGUGAUAAGAGAGCCCCAACAUAUUCACAUAAAUUAGAUAUAUCAGCUUUGACCUCAGCGACCAGUGUUUAUCCAGAUGAAAACGGCUCUGCACAGUUCAUCCUGAUGCUGUCAAAUGGGGAACUAGAACUGAAGGCUAAUGACUAUGAAUGUGGGAAAGAAUGGAAGGGUUUUAUUCUCACCGUAACAAAGCUGUCAGUUCCACCAGAUGAGUCGUUACUACCUGAGCAACUUACAAGACUGCAGCAAGUGCUAGAGAAGGAAAAGAAAAGAAGGAUUACACUUAACAAGUGUUCCAGCACAUCCUUGAACAGAAAAAGCCCUCCCAGCAGUACACUGACCACUAUGCCAGCGUGCUUCUAUGCAGUAUCUCGGAGAGAAGCAAUGGAGAUGUUAGAAAAGAACCCUUCAUGUGGGAAUUUGAUCUUGCGUCCCGGCAGUGACAGCAAGAACUACGCAAUCACUAUCCGACGUGAACUGGAUGCCCACUUAAAGCACUACAAAGUGAGGUCCAAAGGAACAAGUUACAUUAUCGAAUUGGAAACACAGGUGACACUCCCAAGCCUUCAGGAUGUUGUCAAUUACUUUGUGACCCAAACCCGAGGGAACCUGAAGCCGUUUGUCAUACAGACGCGUGCCACAGAGGACUCUGAGUUCUCAAAGCAAGCCGGUUGCUGA